UGAUUUUAUAGAUAGGGCAACGCCGAUGGCUUCUCAUCUCGUCCUUUUAGGAACUGAUUCCGGCGCGUUUGCUGUCUUGGGACGCCGUAACUACACGUCUUGAGCCAUGCAGAACGAAGCGGGAGAGUUUGUGGACAUGUAUGUCCCGAGGAAGUGCUCGGCCAGCAACCGGCUGAUCGCCGCCAAGGACCACGCCUCCAUCCAGAUGAACAUCGCGCUGGUGGACCCGACCACGGGCCGCUACACGGGCGAGAGCAAGACUUACGCCAUCUGCGGCUACAUCCGCCGCAUGGGAGAGUCCGACGACUGCCUCACCCGGCUCGCCAAAAAGGACGACAUCAUCGCAAAGAACUACUAAGGACAAAGCCGAUGCAUCACAAAUAAACAAAAAAUACCA